AAAAAAAAUCACCGGACGUGUUAUUUUGUUAAAACGUUGAGAUGAGCAAACUCAGUGGCGUCUUGAGCUCGUGUAAUCUCUGUGUGUCCCGCUCGCGCUGCUCACCGGCGGUCACACUUCGCCGCAUCAUAUCAAAGGCACGUGGGACUCCGGUGGUUGAUUAAUCCGCGACCUUGCUUGGCUGCACAACAACGAAACUAUUUCAGUGUUUUACUUUUUCCUCGGUCCAGAAAAGUUACGGGCGCCAGAUGUCAUGGCAUGUAGGAGAAGACGACAAGAUCACAGUGAUAGACAUAUACCAAACAACAUGGACCAACUUGCUUUGAAAUACCUGGAGAUGUGUAAAGUGGAGUCCAGCACUGAUAGUGACUCAGAAAUCAGUCCAAGAUGGUCGGACACCAGCACUAUGGGAUGUGUGAGCAGUGCACCGGAGUGUGGGACAGUACGUCGGACACUGCCGCUGAAGCCUGCAGCAAGGCAUGGUUGUUAUUCUUUGUUUUUGGACCCGUACGAUGGGAGCUCUGAGGAUUCGGAUGAGUCAAACAUCGAUGUCGGUGUCUCCAGACGAACAAGGCAGCAGGGACAAGGCGGAGGAUGUCGGUUUUCGGGCCGGAGCAGGAGAUUUAUCCUUCAUCAUCCUGCUUCUGUCGCCCUCAGAGAAAUGAUGAGAAGUGGGAUGAGAGAUCCUGUAACAGAGCAGCAACAUCUUUUGGAUGUGCAGAUGAAAUGUGGGAGUGACUCUGAGCUGUGGGUCUGUGAGCUUGACACUCUGCCCUCCCACAGUGACAAGGACGGUUGUAGAGAUCCAACUGCGGAAAUGCCAAAUGAUUCAACAAUGCAUGCCCAAAUCAUGGAUAUCGGAUUGCAAGUUGAUGAUUCAGGCUUGCACGCUACAAGAUCCUCCACACCUCAAACACCUGGACCAAUCACCCCAGUGGGAGGGAGCUCGUCCUGGAUGCUGGAUAGCUCCUCUGAGAGAUCCCCCAGCCCAUGUAACCUCAGAUCUCUUUACAAGAGAAAGCUGGGGCUCCCUGGAGCAGAAGUGGUGGAACUGGGGCAAAGAAAGAGGCAGUGUGUUGUCAACAUGGAAGACAAACAAGAGGCAGUGGACUCUGCAUCUGACCAUGGACCAACAGAAUGAAGUACUGCAGUCAUAUUAAAUUCCUUAUAUGAUUUAAGGUGGAAUGAAAUACUGUAAAUAGUUACUUUAAAAUGCACUUUGGUUUAUUUUUCUACCUCCAGUAAUUUUGAAUGUCUCACAGGUGUCACAUAUUGUGCUGAUUGCCUCAUUUUGAGCAAUUUUGAUUUUUGUUUUGCUUGGAGGAAUUACAAUAGUAACCUGGACCCAGUGAUAGACCAAAGUACAACCUAUGCACUGGCAAUAAAGAAACUGUACAUUUUCACAAUAAAAGAGGAACCUUUUUUUUUGUUAACAUGAUACAGCUUGUUUGUGUUCAAAUAAGCUAAAUAAGUACCUACCAGUGCACUGGAUAGUGAAGCUUGAGCCCUCCCUGAUUUUAAGAUGGCAUUCAGUGACUUACAGCUCACCUGAAUUAUAGUCACAGGUCCCCCUUAAAAAUCAAGUUUUUGGUAAAACAUCAGCUGCUCCAAUUUACUUUCUACAAAUGGAUCUAAAUGAGGAAAGACAGAUUACGUAAGUAUUCACCAGUUUCAGUCUUUGUUUUUAAGCCAUUCCUGUGUAGCUUUGGCUUUAUGUUUGAGGUUCUUACUGGAAAAUAAAUCGUCAUUUCUCUCACA